CGGGGACCCGAUGUUCCUGGAGCCAUACUGGAUGCGGCACGCGGAGGCCAGCGCCGUGGUGGUCUCCGGGUGGCACCGCAUGAGCUACAGAGCCACCGACGGUCUCUUCCAGUCCGUCGAGCUCGAGCGCUGCAUCAGGCGGCUGCACAGGGCCGUCGGCAACGCCGUCGCCGACGACAAGCAAAUCGUCUUCGCCACCGGCUCCAUGCAGCUGAUCAACGCGCUGGUGUACGCCCUGUCCCCAGACAGCAACUCCGGCUCGACGGCCAACGUGGUCGCCACCACGCCGUACUACCCGGCUUACAGAACGCAGAUCGUGUUGUUCGACAGCCGGGAGUACAAAUGGGCCGGGAACACCUCCAUGUGGGCGAAAGCGUCGGGGAACUCCACCACCAAGGAGGACGUCAUCGAGUUCGUGACGUCGCCGAACAACCCCGACGCCCUGCUCCACCAGCCCGUCGUCGUCGGCUCGUCGGCGAUCCUCGACCACGCCUACUUCUGGCCGCACUUCACGCACAUCCCCGCGCCCUCCGACGCGGACGUCAUGCUCUUCACCACCUCCAAGCUCUCCGGCCAUGCCAGCAGUCGAUUCGGGUGGGCGCUGAUAAGGGACGAGAAGGUGGCCAAGAGGGUCAAUGACUACAUUAUGCAGAACACCAUGGGCGCGUCCCGCGACACCCAGCUCCGGAUGCUUGCCAUCUUCAAGACCAUACUGGCCAACCUGCACGGCAAGGAGGACAUCUUCGCCUUCGGGCACGACGUGAUGACGGCCAAAUGGCGCAAGCUUAGCGCCGUCGUGUCGCGCUCCCGCCGGAUCUCGCUGCAGAACAUCCCUCCCCAGUACUGCACCUACUUCGACAAGAUCAGGGAGCCAUCCCCAGCUUAUGCGUGGGUCAAGUGUGAGAGGGAGGAAGACAGUGACUGCUCCGACGUGCUGCUCAAGGCCAAGAUAAUCACACGGUCCGGCGUCUGGAACGACGCCAGCAGCCGGUACACGAGGAUAAGCCUCAUCAAGUCCCAGGACGACUUCGACCUGCUCCUCGAGAGGAUCACAGAAUUUGUCGAUGCCGAGCUCACCGCUGCUGGUUCCAACUCCAUGUGAUGCCCCAUGUUAAUAUACAGAAACGGGUCAAGGAAAUGUGAGUACACAGAAGGUAUGUAUUUGGUUAGGACGGGUACCAAAAGUGCGACGUCCAGAUGUCAGCUACGUGUUGGUUGUGUCCCAGACUCCCGGGCUAGGUGAUGAUCGAGGAGCACGCGUUGUGAAUGGACACUGAACAUUACUCGAAUGAUCAGCUAUGCGUUGAUUGUUCUCACUGUGUGUUACUUAUUAGAUAAGAAAAAUGUUUCCAUGCUGUA